AUGUCAUCACACAACGAUGGUUCUCCUAACACUCAAAACCCGUCUUUUAUCCAAAGGACCAAGUCCUCUUUUGAAUCCUGUUUCAAGCUGCUGUUAAGAAUCACAUUGUUUCCAUUCAACUUCAUCCUUGCACGCAUACUGGGUUCAUUUCUCGCGAUUCUCUUUAUUGCUCUAAUACUUUACGGCUUUGGUUCUAUGUUUGACGCAAACUACAGUUGGCUUGAAUUGACCGCUGGAUCUAGAUUUCUUGCCAGUCUAUUCCCAUCACUCAGUGGUUUAUACUGCUCAGUCUUUCCCAGUAAAUUCUGUCAAGUACAAUAUUCACCAACCUUUGACUCGAAGGACAAACUCGGACGGAUUGCCAACACACUUUCUAGUACAACCACCAAAGCAUCCAAUGUCUUCGAUUCUAUUGCUCAUUUGAGCAAUCCUAGAAACUUAGAAAUCUACCAGACAGAAAUAUGGGAGCUUACCUUUGCGAUUCGAUAUUCCAGCAAUCUUGAAGAAAAAGACGCAAUGGCCGAAGAUCUCUGGGACUUAGGAGAAAUCGCAGGCCAACUGAAAGAUAAGUUCGCACGUGUUGGGCAGGUUAUCCAACUGGUCGGCAACGGCAAAAAAGCUUAUUCAAUUGAUACAAUAAAAAAAAACCUGGAGAUAGCAUUCGGCAACUUCGACUGGGAGCUGAAGAGGUUAAUCGACUCGAUUGACGAUUCGAUUCCUCUUGCCUCAAGAGCCGCGAGUCUAGGCCUUCAAGUUUCCGAGAGGAUUCAUAAAGAACACUAUAGACUUCAAGUCUUUCAAGACGAACAGCCGCUCUGGAGGAAAUUAUUAGAUCAGACAAGUAAACGUGGCAGACGACUGCAUAGAGAUCUUCAACUGACAGCAAGAAGCAUUCAAACCGCAAGGGCUCUACCCACCGGUCACGAGGAAGUCAGGAGUGAUUUGGUAUCUUAUCAAAACCAUGUUUCACACUUCAAGGCUGUGAUUUCAGGAUGGCAUCUAGCUGAUCACGGUCUUUCCGCUGAAGAUGAGCUUGACUCUAUGAAAUCAACUAUCAAUCAACUUCGGGGGACUAUCUCAUUGGCUAAGAGAAACUCCCAAGACAAAGAAUCCAGAGUUAAUGUCGAUUUAUGA